AUGUCUCUUUGCAAGACCCGAUUACAAGAAGAAAGAAAACAGUGGAGAAGAGAUCAUCCUUUUGGUUUCUACGCACGCCCCAAGAAAACUGCAGAUGGCUCGCUAGACUUGACACACUGGGAUGCUGGUAUUCCAGGUAAGGCUAAUACCCUUUGGGCUGACGCCACAUUCCCUGUCACAAUCUUCUUCUCGGAGGAGUAUCCAUCCAAACCACCUAAGGUGAUGUUCCCUCCCGCAUUUUAUCAUCCCAACGUCUACCCUAGUGGUACUGUGUGCUUAUCUAUUUUGAAUGAGUCGCAGGAUUGGAGACCCGCCAUUACAUUGAAACAAAUACUUUUGGGUAUCCAGGAACUUUUAACCAACCCUAACCCUGACUCGCCUGCUCAGGAACCUGCCUGGAAAGCUUUCAGUAAGGAUAGGGCAACCUACGAGAAGAAAGUCAAGGAACAGGCAAAGAAGUACGCCAACGCCUCGUAG